GACCAACAGUUGGCGAACGGCCACACUAAGCCGCAAUGAGUUUGUACGAUUAAGAAAGUUUUAGUUAAUUCGCGUUAUUCAAAGCUUCACUGUUUUAUAGCUGUACCGCUGUACAGCUCCCGCAAGAUGCGUCCAUUCUCCGGCAGCGAUUGCCUGAAACCCGUCGCCGAGGGCAUCAAUCGCGCCUUUGGCGCCAAGGAGCCCUGGCAGGUGGCCACCAUUACGGCUACCACGGUUCUAGGAGGAGUAUGGCUCUGGACAGUUAUCUGCCAGGAUGAAAGUCUUUACAUCCGCGGAAAGCGUCAGUUCUUCAAGUACGCCAAAAAGAUCCCCGCCGUGCGUCGCCAAGUGGAGGCUGAGUUGACCAAGGCCAAGAACGAUUUCGAGGCGGAGAUCAAGAAGAGCAAUGCCCAUCUGACCUACUCGGAAGUUCUGCCUGAGAAGGGCCUCAGCAAGGAGGAGAUCCUCCGACUGGUGGACGAGCACCUCAUGGCCGGUCACUACGACUGGCGGGAUGGUCGUGUAUCCGGCGCAGUCUACGGCUACAAGCCCGAGCUAGUCGAGCUCGUCACUGAGGUGUACGGCAAAGCAUCCUACACGAACCCCCUGCACGCCGAUCUCUUCCCGGGCGUCUGCAAAAUGGAGGCGGAGGUGGUGCGCAUGGCGUGCAACCUCUUCCACGGAAACUCCGCCAGUUGUGGCACCAUGACCACCGGCGGCACAGAGUCCAUUGUGAUGGCCAUGAAGGCGUACAGGGACUACGCAAGGGAGCACAAGGGCAUCACCAGGCCGAACAUCGUGGUGCCCAAGACGGUGCACGCCGCCUUCGACAAGGGUGGUCAGUACUUCAACAUCCAUGUGCGCUCUGUGGACGUCGAUCCGGAGACCUACGAAGUGGACAUCAAGAAAUUCAAGCGUGCCAUCAACAGUAACACUAUUCUGUUGGUUGGCUCUGCACCAAACUUCCCCUACGGAACCAUCGACGACAUCGAAGCCAUCGCCGCUCUGGGCGUGAAGUACGACAUUCCCGUGCACGUGGACGCCUGCCUGGGCAGCUUUGUGGUGGCCCUGAUCCGCAACGCCGGCUACAAACUGCGGCCCUUCGACUUCGCGGUCAAGGGAGUGACUAGUAUCUCCGCCGACACCCACAAAUACGGAUUCGCACCGAAGGGAUCGUCGGUGAUCCUUUACUCUGACAAGAAGUUCAAGGACCAUCAGUUCACCGUCACCACCGACUGGCCUGGUGGUGUGUACGGAUCGCCCACCGUUAAUGGAUCCCGUGCUGGAGGCAUCAUUGCCGCCUGCUGGGCCACCAUGAUGAGCUUCGGCUACGACGGUUAUCUGGAGGCCACCAAGCGCAUUGUGGAUACGGCUCGUUAUAUUGAAGGGGGGGUUCGCGACAUCGAUGGUCUCUUUGUGUUUGGCAAGCCAGCAACUUCAGUGAUUGCUCUGGGCUCCAAUGUGUUCGACAUUUUCCGGCUCUCCGACUCGCUGUGCAAACUGGGCUGGAACCUGAAUGCCCUGCAGUUCCCCUCCGGCAUCCACAUCUGCGUGACGGAUAUGCACACUCAGCCCGGAGUGGCGGAUAAGUUCAUUGCCGAUGUGCGCAGCUGCACGGCGGAGAUCAUGAAGGAUCCCGGACAGCCCGUGGUCGGAAAGAUGGCUCUCUAUGGCAUGGCCCAGAGCAUACCCGAUCGCUCAGUGAUCGGAGAAGUGACCCGCCUCUUCCUGCACUCCAUGUACUACACGCCCAGCCAGAAAUAGACCCUGAAGAGAUCCACAUACUCUUUCUCCCACCCCACGGAGCUAUGCAUUUCCUGUGCCGUAUUCAAAACCACCAAAACUCCCUGUUAUUGAGCCUUCCUCAAGCAAUAUAUUCUAGCCUGCAAUUAGUGCUGUAAUCGAGGGUACAAAACGUCGUUCUAGCGAAAACUAUUUAGAUGCAUCCCAACUGUCAACAUUCGUCGCUCCUGGAGCAGUGUUAUUGAAAUGUGUUUUUCUGUGUAUCUUGCUAGUGAAAUAAUUAAAUAAUAUAAAUAAAUUUUCAUAUACUCAAAAA